AUGUUUGAUCCGCUUGGAUGGUUGGCUCCCGCCGUGGUCAGAGCCAAAAUUCAUAUUCAGACAACGUGGCUUCAGGGUCUUGGCUGGGAUGACCCGUUGGCUGACGCAGACGCCACUGCUUGGAGAGCGUUUCAGUCCGAGCUCCACCUGCUGCAGCGGAUUCGCGUUCCGAGGUGGCUGCGGUGCUCCUUCGAUCAUGUCCAGCUGGAGCUCCACGGGUUUGCUGACGCUUCCGAGCGGGCGUACGCGGCGGUCGCCUAUCUUUGCGUGCGAUCUGCUGAGGAGAGCUCCAGCUCAAUUAUCAUGGCCAAGACUAGGGUGGCGCCUCUGAAGCAGGUCUCGCUGCCUCGUCUGGAGCUUGCCGGUGCUGCUUUGCUGGCGCGCCUGGUCUCACAUGUGCAGUCCGCGCUGAGUCUGCAGAGCGUGCCGGUCUUCCUCUGGUCCGACUCUACCGUGGCCUUGAGGAGUUGGAUCCAGGGACACCCUUCUCGAUGGACGACGUAUGUGGCCAAUCGCGUGGCGGAAAUCCAGCGAACGAUCCCAGGAGCUCAUUGGCGACAUGUGCCGGGCUGCGAUAAUCCGGCCGAUUGCGCUUCCAGGGGAGUACGGCCGGGCGAGCUCGUGGCUCACCCGCUGUGGUGGUCGGGCCCUGGCUGGCUAACGAAGGAGAUGACUGAGUGGCCUCCCUCCGCCUUCCCUGCGGACCGGGAGCUGCCCGAGGUGCGCAUUCGGUCCCAUCACAUGGAGGUCGAUCCUGAGGAGCCGGCUUGGAUGACCCGAUUCUCCGGGCUGAAUCGACUGAUCCGCGUCGCUGCCUGGUGUCGACGGUGGCUGGGCGGCGUUCGGCCGGCUGUUGAGGGUGGAGAAGCGUCCCUCAACGUGGACGAGCUGGAGGCUGCUCGCCUGUCACUGAUACGGCUAACGCAGUCGGUCUGGUGGGAGAGGCGGCUGGUCGCGGUCGAGCGUGAUCAGGCGCUGCCGAGGGGGAGUUCUCUAGUCAAGCUGAGCCCGUUCCUGGACGAACGGGGAAUUCUGCGAGUGGGCGGACGAUUGCGGCACUCGCUAUUGUCUUACGACGAGAAGCAUCCCGUGAUUCUACCGAGGAGGGCUCAUCUGACGCGGCUCGUUAUCGAGGACUGCCACCGCGCAGCGCUGCACGGUGGAACUCAGGCGACCUUGGGCCUGAUCCAACAGCGGUACUGGAUCCCUGGGGGGAGAGCGGCAGUUAAGGCCGUCAUCCACCGUUGUCUGCCCUGUGUGUGA